AUGCUGGAUGAGCUCCACAUCAUUGAUGUUGGUCCACUACCAUGGUUAGGCCCUCAGACAGAUGAUGCCAUGAAAGGAUUGUGUAAGAAUGGCAAGAAGAACAUCCUGCUUGUUCCUAUCGCCUUUGUUAAUGACCACAUAGAGACCUUGCAUGAGCUAGACCUGGAGUAUGCCACAGAACUUGCUGAAGAGUGUGGUGCAGAGAAUGUAAGAAGAGCAUCAUCCCUAAAUGACAGUCCUAUCUUCAUUGAGGCCAUGGCUCAUCUUGUGAGUGAUCAUCUCAAGUCCAGGCAGGUGUGUUCACGACAGCUCCCCCUACGCUGCCCCAUGUGUGUCAACGCAGUCUGUGGCAAGACCAAGGAGUUCUUUGCUUCCCAGAAGCUAUGAAGAACAACCAUGUAGCUUGGACUCUAGUAUAGAGAUUUACCAAAGACUCUGAUGUAGCUUGGGGAUUUGGACGAUGAGGCCCCCUGUUGAAAGUGAUUUGUUCACCUGGACAGAGAUGAUGGAACAAGGUAGAAGGGAUGAUGAGAGGAUCUCUUUCUUUCUGACAGCCCCAUUUUGAACAGUGCAUCAAUAUUUCUUUUGAAAAGGGAUUGCAGGAGAGCUGGACUGAAUGCGUAAUAUGUUUACAAUUUCAAGACUGUUUUUAAGCAUGUGAACCAUGAUCUUGUAUCAAAGUAGCCAGGGGCAUUGUUGUUAUCCAUUUCUUUGUCCAUAGUGGUGAAGGAAAUUCAAUCAUUUCAUGUAUGCUUUCAGCUCAUAUGGAUAUAUUGAAAAUGGAUGAAAACAUUGCUUUGUGUCACAGACAUAGACAGUGUUGCAUGAAUAUUUUUGUGUUCAUUUGCCGCCCUUUCACAAGGUAAAAUAAAAUUGUAAUUUGAAUGAUGAUUCCAGUGAAAAAUAAGGCUAAUGACAAAUUUUUAGCACGUGUGAAACCAUACUAGAAUCACAACGCUAAUCACAAUCACGAAUUCAAAUUCUACUCCGGAGGUGAAUUCCAGUAAGGUUUCACUCAAAUAAUGUUACGAAUUUUACGUGUGAAAGGGUUGACCUCAAAAACAUCUUUUGGGGCACGGAGCUUACGCGUCCUUUCAAGCACUUCCGUAAGUAAUACAAUUGUUAUGCACUCAUUGUAUCGAUGCAGUGCUUUGUCACCAAUGACACAUACUGCCUUCGCUCGGAAAUUCGAAUUCAAAUCAGUUUUCGAGUGACGUGUGAAAGGCCUCAUGAUUCUGAAGAUGAGUUGCAAUCAUCAUUACGAUGAUGAUUGCAGAUUCACGUGUGAAAAGGCCCUUGGUGACUUAUCAUUUACUCCUGUAAAGGUGUUCUUCUGCCUUAAUCUUUUUUUUUAAUAUAUAGAGACAGUGUUAGGGUUGUAAAUGGUUUUAGUUCUUGUUACAAGAUGAUUUAUAGGAUUAGCCUAGGGAAAGGUUUAGGUUAUAUUUUACUUUUGGCAAUUAUGCACAUGUAAAUGUUACCAGAGCAAAUUUCAUGGGAUAUUCGUUUAAAGGGAAGAACGUCUUUCAGUAUGAACAUAAAUGUGUAUUCUUCAAACUUAAUCUGUUUGAAGUAGGCUUGUAAGUAAACAUAAUUGGAUGAUUUGAUCAGAAAGAUCUAGAUAAUCUUGAUGUAAACAUGUAUACAAUAUAUAAGUUAGUGUCUCUUGUUCUGGGGAUUAUAGCAUUAUAUUGAAGUUUUCCUUGAUUGCCAUGUUUGCUUCAAUUUGCAGUACCUGGCAACGUCUUAUAUUAACCAAUCAGAGCGUCCAAAGCUUUUAUCAUUGAUAUUCAAAAUUAUGAUUGAUGGUAAUUUUUAUGCUAUAUUACCCUCCUCUGUACCAGAAGAUUUUUAGAUAUUUGGAAAAAAAAAUUCUUGUUUAAAAUAAUCAAUAUAUUGAAUCAUAGUGAUUAAAAGACAAUCAGUAGAAGUGAUUUUAAAGCAGAUCUUAUGAUUUAUGAUUGUCAUUGUCAACAAUUACUAGGCUGUCCUAUUUUUUACAAAUUCUGCAAACUUUAUUCUAAAGCAGCAAAGUAAAUAUCAAUACUAAUUAAUAUGCUGAUUCUUCUGCCUUUUUUAUACUCAUUUUGUCAUUUAAAUCAGUAGUGAUGGAUGUAGAGUGGCACUUUGUAGGAGGAUGAAAUGGAGAAAAAAUGCAACUCUUUUAUUCAUUUACUUUUUAUGAAUGAAGUAUGUUAACAUUUUCUAUAGUAAUAUAAUUGAGAUAUUUGGGAUAGACAAGGUAUUUCAUUCUUCAGUGCUAUGGUACUUCUGCUAUGAUGCCUUGUUCAUCUGAAGGCAUUUGUUUUUUCAUUCAUAUUUUUGCAAUUAGACAAAUAAAUUAUAUCUUGUAAUACACUAUGAUUUAUAUUUGUAAGUUAUGAUUUAUAUUUCAUAUUUAUAAUCUAUAAUUCUCAAUGUAGUAAUUUAAGUGUCCAUUCAUUAUACCUCCACUGAACAAAGUUUGAAGCGGGUAUAUAGGAAUAGGCAUGGGUUCAGGUAGUGUGUGGUUGGUCUGUGUCACAUGUUCCGAUUAAUACUCAGUUUUUAAUCAAUUCUUAUGAAAUUUUGAACAUUCAUAGGCCUUGAAACACAUUUUUUGUGUGCGAUAAAAAUGUGUUGCCGUGGCAACAGCAUGUUAUGGCUCAAAAAUCAUUACAGAUCAAACUAUUUCCUCAGUUUUUGACUGGAGCGUAUGAAAUUUGGCACAAAAUAUGGCUUUUGGGGUGAAGACAUGCAAUUUUCCAAAUGUGUUGCUAUGAAAACACCAUAGUGGGGGGAGGUAUUGAUUAACUUCAAUAUUUCUAGUUAUUGUUGGAAAAAUUGCUUCACAUAGACAGUUCAAUUGGUUAAGCCUGUUUACACCUUUGGUAAAGGUCAGGUUUUUUUUUUUUUUAAAGAUCUUUUGGCCUUUGGUGCCAUUAUAAAAUUAUGGAAAGUGGCCUGUGGCUGCCACAUAAUAAACCAUGAUUAAAUAAUGUGACAAUAGUAAUGAGAUGGAAUGGGCAGUCAACCCAAACCAUUUAUAACCAGGGGCCGAAGCCACUUGCUCCAGGGACUGAAACAGGGUUUCCCCCUUAACAGCCCAAGCUAGGGUUGUCAUCCCCAAAGGGAGCCUGAUCGGUUAGAAGCCAAGCUAGUCACAUUGACUUCUCCCCUAUUGAUUAUGUAAUUAUGCUCUUUGAACAUUCCAAUCAUACAAAAGUAUAUCCAAUCAAAAUGAAUUUGGAUGUAAAAUCACAAAAUUUAUCCAGUAAAACAAAUAUUCAUACUGUACAUCCUUUACCCCAUAAGUGUUUGAGAGUAUGCUCAUUUAUACUAUAUAGGCCUAAACUAGUAAUGAAUUAGAAAAUGACAUGCACUUUCGGGGGAUUUACAAAACCUUAUAAGCUUGAAAACCAGGAAUCAUGUGUUGUAGAUGAUAUCAUAUGUUCUUCAUUACAUCAUAUGAAAUAGCCGAAGGCAGCGUUGUUUCCCAUUCACCCGAAAAUCCCUAAAAUCUCAUUCUUUGGAAAGAUAAUUUUUUUAAUCCCCCCCCCCCCCCCGAUUCAUUUUGAUAUAUUUUUCAUGAAAUUUGGUAAAUCGAUCAGUUUUGCUUCAAUUUCAGCAAAGUUUCUGUUUUGUAAGAAAUAGUGAAAUUUGCAAAUGAGUACCCAAAGUUCAAUUAAAAUAGGUUAAACAGCCCCGCUUCACAAAAAAAAUUAUUGCUUGAAUAAAAGACUUCUGAAUGUCUACGCUUUUUAAUAGCCCUUGAAAUAAGUUAAACAGGCCCGCUUUACACAAAAAAAAAUAUUGCCUAUGAAUUUUUAUGCUUUUUCAUCGAUUCCUGAAUUAAGCACCUAUGCACUUGAGUGCAUAGUCAGUCGUAAGUGAAACUGAGCUUCAUGAAUUCUUCAUCCAUUCAUCUAUUAAAUUAUUACUGGACUGUGUACUUUUCAAAUUACUUCACAUCAAAACCUUAAUUUUGACAGAAUUAUGACAGAAAUGUUUCAUUUCAUUGAUACUUUUUACUAUCACAUUUAAGAUGACCUAUGACUGCAUACUCUGCUAAAAUAAAUGAUAAACUGUCACAGAGAUUUGUAAUAAAUGAUAAAACAAAUCACAAGUAUUUGUUCUCAAUAUUAUACUCCUA